AUGGACAGUGGCGACCCCAGCAAGCCCACAGGCGAGGAGGAGGAAGCCGAUCUUUACAAGUUGCUUGGUGUUGAAAAUUCAGCGACAGCCAGUGAAAUUAAAAAGGCGUAUCGAAAGGCUGCACUACUGCACCAUCCCGAUAAGGUACCUGAAGACCAGAGGGCAGAAUCCGAAGUCAAGUUCAAGGCCGUUACUCAGGCGUACGAAAUUCUCCGCGAUGAUGAAAAGAGGAAGCUUUAUGACCAAUACGGCAUGGCUGCUUUCGAUUCAACCCGGGGUGGGCCAGGUGACGCCGGCGUCGACUUGAACGACAUGCUGGCGCAGAUGUUUGGCAUGAACGUUGGCGGUGGCGCCGGUGGCCAGAGGCGCCCGAGGCGAGGUCGUGACGAGGAACAGCAGUAUAAGGUCACCCUGGAAGAACUAUACAAGGGUAAAACGGUCAAGUUCGCUGCAAACAAGCGUGUGAUCUGCAGUCAGUGCAAGGGCUCGGGCGCAAAGGAGAAGGUGAAGCCACAGCAGUGUGAUAGGUGCAAGGGUGCCGGCGUACGGGAAGCUUACCGCCAAGUUGGCCCCGGCCUUAUCCGCCAAGAAGUACUGCCUUGUGACAAUUGCGAUGGCACUGGGAUGUUCUACAAGGAGAAGGACCGCUGUAAGAAGUGCAAGGGUAAAAGGACUGUUGAGGAGACGAAGGCGUUGGAAAUCUAUAUUCCUCGUGGGUCCAUGCAAGGCGAGCACAUUGUUCUUGAGGGCGAGGCGGACCAGUUUCCUGACCAGACUCCGGGUGAUAUAGUUUUCACCUUGGUGGAGGAGCCGCAUGAGAUCUUUACUCGCGUUGGUGAUGACCUAUCUGCGGAGCUCAAUGUGACUUUGGCAGAGGCCCUAGGGGGGUUUGCCCGGGUUGUACUAAAGCACCUUGAUGGCAGGGGUAUUCACCUUGGGCACCCUCGAGGGAAGAUCCUGCAGCCUGGUGAGAUCCUCAAGGUGGUAGGCGAAGGCAUGCCGAGGAAGCGAGGAGAGGAAAAGGGAGACCUUUACCUGAGCGUGAAAAUUACGUUUCCGAAAGCUGGCUGGCUACCAGAUGACGAUGCAUAUGAGACGCUCUGUAAACUUCUCCCUAUUCCAGAACCGUCGAUACCCGCCGAGGAGGUCGACGAAGUCGAGUACGAGACUAAUGCUGACAUUGAACAGAUGGGAGGCCGCUCGCACCAUUCAAGACCUGGUAUGGUUUGGGAGGACGAGGACGAUGACGACGACCAGGGUGGCCCACAGUGCGCGACUCAGUAA